AUGAACCAGAUCCCCAUUAACCACAUCACCAGAACAACGAUCACCAUGAAACCACGAUCACCAAUGAACCAACCACGAUCACUCAAUUACCAGGAACACCAUAACCAGGAUCACCAUGAACAAGGAUGGGGUGAGGCAGUAGGCCAGCCUAGGCCUACUGGCCCUCCAGUGCCAGCAGCGGCCUACCUGUUGUGCUUCUGUUACGGGAUCGCCGUUGUUGCUUCUGUUUGGCUGUUAAUGGGGCUGUACAAGGUGUACAUCUCUUGUCUAGCCCCUCUUAAAGUGGUUUGGUUUUUAUACUGGUGUUUGUGUUGUACUGGUGUAGUUGACCUGACCUUUUAUGUUGUGAGAGCCACUCUUAACGUGAGUACAGGUGUUAGUACUGGUGUAGUUGACCUGACCUUCUAUGUUGUGAGAGCCACUCUUAACUUGUGGUGUGUGUUGUGUGUGCAGAGUGUGUAUGUUGAGUGGCGGGAUCAACCUAACUGUUGCUACACUCUGAAGACACAACAACAACCUGGCAUGAGUGCUGAGGAGGAAGGUGCUGUGAAUGGUGAGGCUGUGUUGGUGUACAACAACCCGGCUUUUAUGGCUCUCACAGAGACAACACUACCACCACCACUACCACCCUCCCGACCUUCCACCCCAAGACCCAUUACCAGGAGUUACUCAGCAGCGUCAGAGUACAGCAGCAGGAACACUGCUGUACAGCAGCAGGUGUUAGGUAGCACUGCUGCUGUAGCAUCGUCAGUAGUGAGGACAGGUAUCCCUGGAUGGGAGGGUAUCCCUGGAUGGGAUACCUACCUCAGUGGACAGUCACACUCCGAGUUCAACGCUGCCUUGUUUAAUCCAGCCUCAGGAGGUUUACCGCCCCUGGUGACUGGUUACCCCAGCAACCAGUCUAUCUACCAGCAGUCUCCCCAUGUAUCGUACGUGUAUCCUCCCACCACUACCACCACUGAAGACAACAACCACUACCACUGCUACUAUCCCUUCUCCACUCAGAGCUUGGACAGACGCAGGUAUGGAGUUAAGGGCCAUGGAUGUAGCUGGGAGGACAGAGUGAGUCAACAAGCGGGGGUCCUAGCCACGUCUGGCUUCACUAGACCGACGGUACUAGUGAACCCGGGAUUCUCUAGACCGGGUGUACUAGUGAACCCGGGAGUACUAAUGAAUCCGAGCUUCACCAGACCGGCAGUGCUAGUGAACCCAGGCUUCACCAGGACACGGUCACUGUCCACCCCUGUCUUCAAUAGACAUAUAUAUGACAGUCGCAGUUCACUGGGCGCCGACAGUGAUGACUUCAGCCAGUACCGUGACGUGGCUCUCUGAACCUACAAGUACUUACCUCAGGUGCUUGAUGGGGAAGUACACGGACACGGACACACACAAAAUACCAGGAAACUUACCCCAUUAUAAACCUUUAAUAAAUCAUAUAUUAUACAAUUUUGGGUGGAAAAUUCAGUGGAAUGAAGAGACCUGAACCAUCAGUGUAGAAUUAUCAAUUAUUAGCCCUAAUUUACUGAACCAAAGAGUAACUAUCUGCAUCUAUAUAAUUAUUGUUUGUUAAGGUGAGGAACAGGAAGAGCUCUACUUCCUUGGAUCAAUAUACACUUGCUAAAAUAUAUAUAUGUCGUGCCGAAUAGGCAGAACUUGCGAUCUUGGCUUAAAUAGCAACGCUCAUCUUGCCAUAUAGGACAAGUGAAAAUUUGUGUAUGCAAUAAUUUCACCAAAAUCAUUCUGAAUCUAACGAAAAAAAUAUAUUUCCCUGUGUUUGUUUAGUAUUAAAUUAUUGUAAACAAAUCUAAAAUAUAUUUAGUUGGGUUAAGCUAAAAUAAAUUGUUCUUGUUAUAAUAAGGUUAGGUAAGUUUUCUAAGAUUCUUUUGGUGCAAAAUUAUAAAUUUUUACAUUAACAUUAAUGAAAAAAAAUAUAUCUUUAAAUGUAUAAGAGAAACUUUUAGAAAGGACUUAAUUUUAAAUGAGUUCUUGCUAAUUGACCAGUUUUACCUAUUCGGCACC